AUGGUGGAUGAAGAAAUAAGUUCAUUAACAAAUCAAGUACACUCGAGGCCUGAUUUGCAACGACCCGAAUCUUUUGAUCGUCGAUACCGUUCAAGAAGCCCACUCCGAGCAAUGUCGCCAUCUAGUGGUCGUGCGUCCCCUUCACCAAGCGAAAUCAACUCCCAAUCUGGCCGUCUUCAAAACCUUCGACAAGACAUCGAGUCUUACGGGGCCAGCCUGAAUGAAGCCAUGUCCUCCGAACCUGCCAUGGAACAUCAAACGAGUGAUCUACCGUCAACCACUGUAUCACCUACCAAUGCUUCCUCUCCAACACCUCCAGAACCGAGUCCCCUUUCCCACAAGAAGCAUCGAAUAUUGGCAUACGAGAAUCUUUUGAGGGAAAAUUUACGCCGAAAAGUCAUUAACGACGAAGCCUUGCAGAAGGCACGAGCUAAACUUGACGAAGCUUUCCAUAGGUACACCAAUUAUGAAGCUGAAUUUGGUUAUCUUACAAGACUCGUAAACUUUCGCCUCAGAGAUCGUGAAAGGUGGAACAGAGCGAGGAGAAGCUUCGCCCGUAACGAAGAACUUACUGCCAGUUGGGAAAGACUGAUGCUUCUUCGUGGCAGGGCUAUGCAUCGUCGUGAUGUUGCACUUACGAGGUGGUUGAGGGCGGAUGCUAGGGCUAAUGCUAGUAAUGACGCGUUUCUCAAUACCCAAGCCGAUGCUGAUACCGCUUGGGAAGCCUUGGUUAGAACUGGCAGUGGUGCUGGAUCUACCGAUGGAUGA